CUGGUCCGCACAGCACAAGAAAAUUAUGACUAAAAAAAGCAAACAAACAAACAGACAGUCCUUACUCACCCAAUUCACAAAUCAAGAAACCUCUUUGUUUAUCUCGCCCAACAGUAGAAGCAGAGAUUCACAAAUUUCUUCUUCUUUCUUCUUCACCAAUUAUGGCUGUAGAACUAUGGGAAACAUUGAAAGAUUCUAUUACAGCAUACACAGGUCUUGCUCCGACAACUUUUUUUACACUGAUUGCAUUAGCACUUGCUUUCUACUAUGUUGUAUCGGAGUUGUUUGGUUCACCUGAUCAUCGUCAUCAACAGAGGCCAAGAGAUUUCGAGGAACAGAUGCAGCCUCUGCCACCACCAGUUCAACUUGGAGAGAUUUCGGAGCAGGAGUUGAAGCAGUAUGAUGGGUCUGAUUCAAAAAAGCCUUUGUUGAUGGCUAUCAAGGGUCAGAUCUAUGAUGUUUCGCAGAGCAGAAUGUUCUAUGGACCUGGAGGACCUUAUGCAUUAUUUGCUGGAAAGGAUGCUAGUAGAGCUCUCGCCAAGAUGUCCUUUGAGGAAAAAGAUCUCACUGGUGAUAUCUCUGGCCUUAGUCCAUUUGAGCUUGAGGCCUUGCAAGAUUGGGAGUAUAAAUUCAUGAGCAAGUAUGUCAAGGUUGGGACCAUCAAGCAGACAGUGCCAGUAAGUGAUGGUGCAGUUAAUGGUGAAUCUGUUGAAUCAACCGAUCCUGAAGCUAAGUCAGCAGAAGCUGUUGCGUCAGAGAGCCCUAAGCCAUCAGAAGAUGGUCCAUCUGGAAGUGUUGUUGCUGAAACUGAAGCUGUUGCGUCAGAGAGCCCUAAGCCAUCAGAAGAUGGUCCAUCUGGAAGUGUUGUUGCUGAAACUGUGGACAAGUCUGACGUUGACGUUGACAAGAAGGACUAAUUGACAUACCAUUUUCAUCUACAAGCUCAGCACUACGGGGAACGGUUCUAUUGGAGAUACAAAAACAUGGCUUUGUGAAGAUAUGUGUAUUAUCUCGUGUCAGAUGAAUGUUGAUUCUAGCAUAUAAACUCCUUAGGUAUUCGAGUUACUCUUUCUGUUUGGUGUAUGAAUAAUGAACAAGCCUUUUAGUCCCUGCAAUUGUAGGUAUUGAUAGAGCACAUACUUGAUAACCUAUCAGUAAAGUUUACCUAUAUGUCUGCAAGUGGUUGUUAUUCUCCCUCA